AUGGAAUCCUCGGUGGAAAUUCUCGUCCAUGUGUCCGCCCCAAGCGGCGCAGAAGAUGAUGCACGUUACAGAGAGCUUGCAGCUGCAUAUUUCGAUUUCGAGCCGAGAAAUAGAAUUAGUAUAUACCCUGAAGAAGAAGAUGAUGAUGACGAUGAUGGUGAUGGUGCGUUUAAGAAUGAGGAGGUUGUCAAUCGCCGCGUCAGCGAAGCGUGCGAUCACCCGACUUUGCCAAACCAAUAUCCCGGUUAUGAAAAUAAAAUCGGUGAACCUAUCUUUUACGAUGCAUUAGACGGCCAGACGCCCCAUUUCAAUGCUGUUGGGGCGAAAAAUAUGGCUGCAUUGGUUUCUACUCCUGGCAGACCGGACGACACGGAUUCCUUCUCUACGCCACCGGAGACAGUACCGGACUCCCAGCCUUCAUAUUCACCUACAUGGGGCUUUGGAAGAAAUAUUGACUGUGAGGACGAAGGAACUACGACGGAGAUAAGUAUCUUGGUGCCGCUCGCCGACACAGAGGAAGAGGGCAUGGAGACGACGCCUUCAAAAGCAAACUUGGCGACCUUUAGCUCUUUCGGGACGGUUUCAGAGUAUGUAUUUGAAUCGCAGUCAUCUUUUAUAUCUACUUGGGAUGCAGAGAAAAAUCACAGUCCCAGAAUGGGGCCGGUGAAGACGGUGCGCAUCGACGAUCUGCAAUCCCAAUCCUCCCAACACUUCACAUUCCCGUCCAAGCGACGGCGUCUCUCUGUGGUGGAGAAUACUUCUGAUACAGUAAAAAACGCCACUAUUGCGUUUGUUGAUGCAGGAGAAGUGCCAUCCUCGAACCCCGUUGACUCUUUGAGCUUACCUGAGCUGCGAAUGGAGAUUCAUGCUCCACGUCCGAUACCCUCCGAUACCACUGAAUUCCAAACACACAUCACACCAACACUACAAAUGCUUGCUGAAACAGUUGGGGAUCGGCACCCCUUCAAGCCUGCCUAUCAGACACGGAAGUUGGGACCUCUCGAGCGCGGAUACUGGGCGCUCCAAAUUCCAAUUGCCGUGGAGGACCACGAAAUAACGGUGGACGGGGAAACCCAAAAUUCACAGCCAAGAUCCACGGCAGGCACUGACAUAGGAGCCUCUAAGCAGUGGACGCCUAGUUUCUUUCUUCGGUUCUGGGACUAUCUCUCUGUCUUCGUGGGUGACCAAGGCCGAGCGGGCUGGGGGGUUUGGUGUUUUUGCGACUCAGCGGAGAACCAGCCCGUAGCCGAGCUAAUACGAAAUCUGGACGUGAGGAUAUACGCAUGGGGUGAGAUUGCUACACAUAUAUAUUGGCUACUUUAUGUGGCUAGUAAUAAACGGGUGAAGGGAAUUCCCGAUGUGGAAUGGAGGGACGGGAGCGGUGAGACGGUAAUCAAGAUGGUUUGA